AAACUACACCUCCCGCCGUCCUCUCCGCUGUGGAGCCGAAAGCGAAAACAAAUUUUGGGCUGCGAGGGCGCUGCCCUCCGCCGGGCACCCCCUCUCGCUUCCCGCCCCUCCGGCGCCCUCCGGCGAGGUGGGGAAACGCUAGGCCGCGUCUUUCUCUUCUGGUUUCCUGGGCUCCCAGCGUGGCGAGCGCGCGGGGACGCAGGCCUCUCUUCACCUGAGCCGGCCUCGCGCGCGCGCCGGGGGCGGGGGCUUCCUCGCCUCACACUAGUUGGGACGAGGAAACUUGUGCGGGCGGCCACCCCCCGGCCCUGUUCCUGAGCCGGGCAGCGAGGCCGUCGGGAAGUGACUUCUCACUGUCGGGGUUUUCUUUAAUUCCACCCCCACCCCUGCUUUCCCUGGGCGCGUGGUCCCUCCCGGGAGGCGGCUGCGUGCGGACAAGCAUGCACUAGGCAGGGCUCCCCUAUGCGCCUGGAGAGCGCGGACCGCUGCCUCGGGCCGCCGCCGUCUCCUGCCGCCUCCCCCGGAGCCCGAGCCGGAGCCGCCGCCUGUCCCAGGCCGGGGCGUCGAGCAGCUGGCGGCGCGGCCAUGUGGGGCUAGCCCGCGCCGCGCCUGGCCUGCAGCAGGACCGGCAACAUGGAGGCGGCCGUCGGCGCCCCCGACGGCGAGGACCAGGGCGGCGCGUGGCCCCGCGAGGACGCGACGCCCAUGGACGCCUAUUUGCGGAAACUGGGCUUGUAUCGGAAACUGGUCGCCAAGGACGGGUCUUGCCUGUUCCGGGCCGUGGCGGAGCAGGUAUUGCACUCUCAGUCUCGCCAUGUUGAAGUCAGGAUGGCCUGCAUUCACUAUCUUCGAGAGAACAGAGAGAAAUUUGAAGCGUUUAUAGAAGGAUCAUUUGAAGAGUAUUUAAAACGUUUGGAAAAUCCACAGGAAUGGGUAGGACAAGUGGAAAUAAGUGCUCUUUCUCUUAUGUACAGGAAAGAUUUUAUAAUUUAUCAGGAACCAAAUGUUUCUCCUUCACAAGUAACUGAAAAUAACUUUCCUGAAAAGGUAUUACUGUGUUUUUCGAAUGGAAAUCAUUAUGAUAUUGUGUAUCCCAUAAAAUAUAAAGAUAGCUCUGCUAUGUGUCAGUCUCUCCUUUACGAAUUGCUGUAUGAGAAGGUAUUUAAAACUGAUGUUAGUAAAAUCAUGAUGGGACUAGACACCUCUGAAGUAGCUGAUGAGAACAACAGUGAAAUAUCAGAUUCAGAGGAUGACAGUUGCAAGAAUAAAACUGCCACUCCUAAUGACGUGAAUGAAUUUAAACCUUUGGCAGGCGAUGAGCACCCAAAGAACAAUGGGGAGUCUACUAGCCUUUCUUUGUCUAGAAAGGUUCUUAAGUCACUCAAUCCAGCAGUCUAUAGAAAUGUGGAAUAUGAAAUCUGGCUGAAGUCUAAACAAGCUCAACAAAAACAUGAUUAUUCCAUUGCUGCUGGCUUACAAUAUGAAGUUGGAGAUAAAUGCCAAGUUAGGUUAGAUCACAAUGGAAAAUUUUCUAAUGCAGACAUUCAAGGAGUUUACUCUGAGAAUGGACCAGUUUUGGUUGAAGAACUGGGAAAGAAACAUGCACCGAAGAACCUCAAACAACCUCCCCUAGAAAGCUGGAACACAGUGUCAGGGAAGAAGAUGAAAAAACCUUCUACUUCUGGACAAAAUUUCCAUUCUGAUGUGGAUUACAGAGGGCCAAAGAAUCCAAGCAAACCAAUAAAAGCCCCAUCAGCACUACCUCCUAGACUUCAGCAUCCUUCGGGAGUAAGACAACAUGCAUUCUCUAGUCAUUCUUCAGGGUCACAGCCUCAGAAAGCCUCCAGUGAGCACAAAAAUCUUAGCAGGACACCCUCACAGAUCAUAAGAAAACCUGAUCGUGAGAGAGUUGAGGACUUUGAUCAUACGAGUCGAGAAUCUAACUAUUUUGGCCUCUCUCCAGAAGAGCGCAGAGAGAAGCAAGCUAUAGAAGAAUCUCGUUUACUUUAUGAGAUUCAGAACAGAGAUGAACAGGCUUUCCCAGCCCUUUCCAGCUCAUCAGUCAGUCAGUCAGCUUCUCAGAGUAGCAACCCAAGCAACCAGAGAAAAUCAUCACAUGUAAGUGAUAGAAAAGGAAGUAGGCGGAGAAUGGAUACAGAAGAACGAAAAGACAAAGACUCUUUCCAUGGACAUAUUCACUUGGAUAAAAAACCUGAGCCAAGCACAUUGGAGACUGUUAGUGAUAGUAAAUGUGCAAGAGUUUCAUCACCAUCAAAGUCAAAGAAAUUAGAGUGCCCAUCCCCUGCAGAACAAAAGCCAGCAGAACAUGUGUCUUUGUCAAAUCCAGCUCCCAUUCUAGUUUCUCCAGAGGUACAUCUAACUCCUGCGGUGCCUUCUUUACCAGCCACUGUGCCAGCCUGGCCAAGUGAACCUACAACUUUUGGACCAACAGGUGUUCCUGCUCAAAUUCCUGUUUUGUCAGUGACACAGACUCUGACCACUGGACCCGAUUCUGCUGUAUCCCAAGCUCAUUUAGCACCCUCUCCAGUUCCUGUGUCAAUACAGGCAGUUAACCAGCCCUUGAUGCCUUUGCCUCAGACAUUGAGCCUUUACCAAGACCCACUCUAUCCUGGGUUUCCUUAUAAUGAAAAGGGAGAUCGAGCCAUUGCACCACCUUAUUCACUGUGUCAGACAGGGGAUGAUUUGCCUAAAGAUAAGAACAUUCUUCGGUUCUUCUUCAAUCUUGGCGUGAAGGCAUAUAGUUGUCCUAUGUGGGCCCCACAUUCUUACCUGUACCCUCUGCACCAGGCCUACCUGGCAGCCUGCAGGAUGUACCCAAAGGUCCCUGUCCCUGUGUAUCCUCAUAAUCCUUGGUUCCACGAAGCUCCUUCUGCUCAGAAUGAAAGUGAUUGUACCUGUACCGAUGCACACUUUCCUAUGCAGACUGAGGCCAGUGUUAAUGGUCAAAUGCCACAGGCAGAGAUUGGACCGCCGACAUUUUCUGCACCUCUGGUUAUCCCUCCAUCUCAGGUGUCUGAAAGUCAUGGACAGUUGUCUUACCAGGCUGAUCUUGAAUCUGAGAACCCUGGGCAGCUUCUUCAUGCUGAAUAUGAAGAGUCACUAAGUAGCAAGAAUAUGUUCCCACAUCCGUCCUUUGGACCUAAUCCAUUCUUAGGCCCAGUUCCCAUUGCACCUCCUUUCUUUCCUCCUGUUUGGUAUGGGUACCCUUUUCAAGGAUUCAUAGAAAAUCCAGUAAUGAGGCAGAAUAUUGUCUUGCCCUCUGAUGAAAAAGGAGAAUUGGAUCUGCCCCUGGAAAGCCUGGAUCUAUCUAAAGAAUGUGGUUCAGCAGCAGAUGAGUUUCUGGAAGGCAGGGGUGAAGUUGCACAUUCUGUCCCUGAAGCAAGUGUGAGCAAUAAGCUUGAAGGCCGGGUGGAGCAAUCGUCCCAGACACGGAAGGCAGAUAUGGCAUUGGCUUCCAUCCCUCCUGUAGCAGAAGGAAAGGCUCAUCUUCCCAAUCAGAUUCUAAACAGAGAGAAAGAAGCUGUGCCUGUUGAACUUGAGUCUAAAAGGACCACUCAAAGUCUGAAAGAAAAACCAGAAAAAGUAAAAGAUCCUAAGACUGCUGCUGAAGUGGUCAGCCCUGGGGCCAACUCUGUGGAUAGCAGAGUGCAAAGACCAAAAGAAGAGAGUUCAGAAGAUGAAAGUGAAGUGUCUAAUAUUCUGAGAAGUGGUAGAUCCAAGCAGUUCUAUAAUCAGACUUACGGAGGCAGGAAGUACAAAAGUGAUUGGGGCUAUUCUGGUAGGGGUGGAUAUCAACAUGUGAGAGGUGAGGAGUCCUGGAAAGGGCAGCCAAGCAGAAGCCGGGAUGAAGGUUAUCAGUACCAUCGAAAUGUCAGAGGACGACCAUAUAGGGGAGAUAGGAGGAGAUCAGGGAUGGGAGAUGGCCAUAGGGGACAACACACUUGAUGGUUGUUGCUAGAGUAUUUAGAGCAGAAAUCCUUUCUUAGGUGAAUGUUUCUGAAGGCUUUAAAAAAAAACACAUUAAAAUAAAAACCCAAAUUGGAACUAUUUCCUCCCCUUCCCCUUGACCCUCACUCUCAUUUUGGACAUGAGUUCAAGGGGGCAGGCAAAUUCCUGGCAUUGCCAUUUUUCUUUAUUCAAAAUCUGAUUUAUGUAUCGGGUGACAGCUCCCAUAAGAAGUAGAAAAUAAGUUUGUUAAAGUAUUUUUUAUAAACAGCUUAGUAUAAUUAGUGUUUGUUCUUUUUCCUUGUAUAAGUUUGACUUCAAGCAUUGGAAAAUAUAUGCUUUAUAGUGUUUACUAAAGUGACAAGAAAAUACACCAUUUGACACACUAUAGAUUCCAAAACGUAACAUUGCACCAAAUAGAAAUGUAUAUUUUAUUAUGCAAUGCCUUAGUCAUAAACUGGGCUCAAACAAUUCUCAGCCUAAAACACUGUUGUCUUUUAAAAUGCUUCCAACCCAAAGGCCUUUCAUCUCAAUAUCUGUCAAACUUGAAUAAUGUCUUCUCUUUAAUAUUACACAUAAGGCAGCCUAUUAACCUGUGUCUUAGUAAUGUUGUAUAUAGUUCUUUUAAUAUUCAUAGGGUAUAUUUUUGAAUUUUGGUGAGUAUUUGUUUAACUUGAGAUCGCAUACAAGAAUAGAUGUUUAAGAAAUAGUAGGAAAUCCAAUGAAAUGGCUGUUUCCACCAAGAAUUCUUAGCACUGGUGUAAAUAUCAUGGUGCCUACUCGAAAGAAAUGUAGAUGCUAUGCAUUUUGAAAAUAAUCUGCAUCUGUUAAAACUGCAGAAGUUUUUUAAUGCCACUUUAACACUAAUGCACUGACUGACAGAUUCUAAAUAUUUUGUGAGAAGAAAUGUUAAAAAUUUUUAGCUUGACAGGUUUCUAGAGAGAGUUACUGUGUUUUGUUUUUCUCCUUGCACCAUUGGUUAUGUGUAUCACUUUACGUUUGCAUGUUCAACUUGUCAUGGCUGGAACUAUUAGAAAAAAAUAAGAUGAUUGUGACUUCUAGUUCUUUUCUAGAGGAUGCUGCUAGAAAAUGGUUUUGCUUUGUAUGUUAUAAGUUUGUUAUUGUUAGGUAACAUGUCUUUGAUCCUGCUUCCUUCCAAUGUUUGCAGUGUUCACUAGAGGUUCCCUUUGCAUGUUGCACUCUGUUCUCAUUUGGAGAUUGGACUCUCUGAAUUAACACAGUAUUCAUUCAUCUGUGUUACUUUGUAAAAAUAACUGUAGCUUAUAUUUCUUAUUUGUACAUACCAAUGUGAAAAUCUGCCCUUAAUGUCAAGAUUAUGUUUUGAUCAGGAAGUUUGAGUGCUAUGCAAAUAAUAGUAAUUUCUCUUUGCAUGCCAUGUGUACAUAAUAUAUCUAGCCAAAAAUAGAUGUGGUGGCUUUUUUUUUUUUUUUAAAGCAAAUUACUUUAAAUGCUAAUACAAUUCACUUGAAUUUGACAAACUGAAGCAGAUGAGUUUUCUGGGUUCUCUGAUAACCUACAGGAAUGUUUGGAUGCCAGCUAGGCUCAGUGAGAUCUCCACUGUACUGUAAUAAUGGUUAUUUACCUUUGUGCUAUUUUAAUUACCUAAUGUCUGUUUAACUGCUGAUUUGAGUAGUAAUUAGCAUUUAGAUAAUUUUGUAACAUAGGAUUUUAGAGAGCACUUUGAAAGAUAACAUUAUGAUGGUGCUAGGUAAAAACUUAUAAAGACUGGGAUGGUUUUGUGGAAAGGAAAAUUCUUGAGAGAACCUGUUGAAAGGAAUUUCUGUUGUCAUCUUCUAAGCUAGAUAAGUUGUUGAAGGUACUGCUUAAGCCAUUUUUUUCUUAAUAUCAAUUGCUGAAUUAUCGAAUGAGAAGAUUAGAGGGUCCUCCAUUUUCAGCCCAUACUUUUUUAUGUAGGAUUAACUUACCUGAUAAAUUUUAUAAAAAUCACAUUUUGAUAUAAAUAACAGAUUUAAAGUUCAAUAUAAGUUUGAUCUCAGGAGUCCAAAAGAAAUUGCUGUUUCCAUUGUCCUUCAUUUUAUUGACUGGGGUUUGGUCUCAGUUUCUGGAACAGAAGAUUGGAUAGGAAAGCAUACUAUUCAUUUCUUUACCAUCACUUUGUCUUACCUCAACUGAGAAACAGAAUACUCUAUAGCUCCUGAAAGAAACACUGAUUUGGUUCCUGUUUCCCAUAUGUCAACUCCAGGGCAUAAUGGAAACAGUGCUGAAAGAGAAUUUUAGUGGAUGGUACUAUUCUCAGUGAACUCUGGAAGAACUCUGACUUUUGAUAGUUUAAAAAUUAUCAAUCUUUGCAUGAAGAUCAGUUUUUUUUCCUUUAGAUUUGUUUUAAAAUGUAUAAGUCCAGGGGAUUUUGCCUUAUGCUGAGGUCAAACUAGGGCCAGGCAAGCUUUUUGUCUUCCUUUAACUGUAUGUCAUACUGUAUGUUGACAAAUGUAAUAUUUCUAUAUAAGAAAAAGGAAGCAAAAGUAUAGAACUCUAAGAAUCAUUUGUAUUUUGAGUUGGAAAUUAUGAAAGUUCACCGUAUUACAAUCACACACAUUUUGAAGAACAAAUGUUUAGACUGACCAAAGCUCUCUUGUUCUUUUUUUAGUUAGGUGCUUUUGCAGAGCUUGAUUCUAUCCUCCUUUCCUUUUAGUAGUAUGUAUCUCUUCUUCAGGUUCCUUUCCUCUUGGAUAAAUCUUCAACUCUUGUCCCAUGUGUUCCUUGGCAGCAGGAUGCUGGCAUCUGUGUAGUCCUCAUGCUGUUUACUAGUAACCCACAAGUUCAUUUUCAUGCAGACCUAAACUCAGACCUUGCCUUGACCUGGCAGGUUUCCCAAACCAUAAUGCUGAUACAGCUUAUUUGAUGCAAACUCUAUUUUCUUGCAGUGUGUUGUAUCCUUUGUGACUCAAGGUUGAGUUAAAAUGCCUGUGAACUGCAAACUUGAUUGACUUGGUGCAAUAAAGUUCCUUUCUAACCAGACUGGUUUAGAAAACAUUCAGCCAUCCUACAAACUAGCAAUAUUUAUUUUUGCCUCAUUUGUUUUACCUACAGUUUUAGAUGAGGUAAACUUUUUGUCUUUCACUUUAUGGGUACUAAGCAAGGUCCAUUCUAAGUGUAGCUGAAGAGAAUGCAUAUUUGGCUACACUGUUUCUGUUUACUGUAUUUUGCUCCCUAUAUUAUAUCUAAAUGCUAUUAUUUUUGUUUAAAAUUCUAAUGGCUCACUUCCAGUAUGUCAAUUUCAAAGAACUAAGGUUUUGCUACUAGUGUCAGACAUUUACUCUCCCAUUAAUUGGGAUUUUUUUAAAGAGAUUUUUUUUUCUCCCCUGAAAUACAAGUUUUAGAAAAUCCUAUAAGAGGGGUGGGUGCAUGUCUUAAUGCUGGGAAACAGCAACUUUAGGGUUGAAUUUACUUGAAUGGAUUAAAAAUUGCAUUGUUAUGGAGUUAGAAAAAACUUAUGUAUGAAAAAUGAUAAUAGCCUUACACUGAGUACAAGUAAUACUUAAAAGCAUGUGAAGAUGUGAUCAUUUGUGAUGUUACAUGUAAAAAAAAAAAAGUAUAUAUACAUAUCUUUUGAAGUGUUGGAAAGGAAAAUAGUACUUUAUAUACUUUAUCAUAUCACUUUUUGUAAGUGUUGAAUAUAUUCCUGUUUAUUUUUCUAUGUUCUGUUUUGUAGCCUUAAGAAGUGUUUCAAACAUAUCUGAAUGUAUAAAAUAAGAGUAAAUGCCCUACAUGGUGUGAUGCUGCAUUAUAUAAAAAAACUGUGUGCAUAUAUUAAAUUUUGUCUCUUGA